AUGGAUGGUAUACGUGUGCGGAAUGUGCUGAUCAAUGUGCACAGGCAGUGCAUCGGUCUGGAUAUAGAGAGGAUUGCCGGGAAGCGGUAUCUUGGGGUGUUGCUGAAGCAUCUCUACUAUGUUGCGCGGACGGGGUCGACUGGGUACUUAGACGGCCACAAGCGGAGAGCUAGGAUGAUAUUGCUGGUGGUGGUACUGAUGGGUGUCGCUGGUGCGAGCGGGAUCAGCUGGGGUGUUAUGCGGAUGCUGACUCGACUACGGGGCUGGUACCUGCAUAGCUGGAAAAACAGAGGCAGGCGGCCCUCGAUGCGGAGGACCAGGUCUCAGACACGGCUGGUGGAUGGUGGGAGAAUCAUAUACGUUCCCGAGGACAGUAUUGAUGGGAAACCUACAUCCUCUAAGAAGAAUAAGAAGUUUCUCAUUCCACCAACAGAUAAUGACAUAUACGAGCAUGACAAGUUCUUGUUCAAAAAUGUUGAAUCCGAGAGAACUAGGUCCUCCCAGCUAUUCUAUUCUAAGUUCUUGAACCAGAUGAGCGUGAUCUCAAGGAUACUGAUUCCUUCUUUCCUAGACAAAAACGCCAUACUUUUAUCCUCACAGAUUUUCUUUUUAAUUAUGAGAACUUGGCUUUCCUUAUUUGUCGCAAGACUAGAUGGUCAAAUUGUGAAAGACAUCAUUGCCGGCCGUGGCAGGAGGUUCUUGCUUGACAUAGGGUGCUGGUUUUUAAUCGCUAUUCCUGCAUCAUAUACAAAUAGUGCGAUCAAAUAUCUCCAACGCAAAUUGAGUCUGAGCUUCAGAACGAACUUGACAAGAUACAUACAUGACAUGUAUCUAGACAAGCGGCUAGGAUUCUACAAAUUGCUCUAUGACUCAAAGGCUUCCACUUCUGUCAUCAAAAACAUAGAUAACUCGAUAACAAGCGACGUCACCAAGUUUUCAGAUGCCACAUGCUCAGUAUUCGCAAACAUAGCCAAACCUGUUAUUGACUUGGUAUUUUUCUCAGUGUACUUGAGAGAUAAUUUAGGAACUAUGGGAGUUGCUGGUAUUUUUGUAAACUACUUCAUUACUGGGUACAUUUUGAAAAAAUACACCCCACCUUUAGGUGAAUUAGCUAGCUCUAAAUCAUCAGCAGAAGGUGACUAUUACAACUACCAGCUAAACAUGAUCAAUAACAAUGAAGAGAUUGCAUUUUAUCAGGGUACUGAAGUCGAGAAGACAAAAGUAAAAGAAUUAUACGAAAACCUGAUGGAAAGAACUCUGCUUGUUGAUAAGAGAAAAUUCACUUAUAACAUGGUUGAAGACUAUAUUUUAAAAUAUACUUGGUCAGGUCUUGGAUAUGUAUUUGCUUCAAUCCCAAUAGUGGUUAGUACAGUUGCUUCCGGUAUCAAUAAUGAAGAGGUGAAUAUGAAAGAGUUUAUUGUGAACAAAAGAUUGAUGCUGUCGCUAGCCGAUGCGGGCUCACGUCUAAUGCAUUCAAUCAAAGAUAUUUCACAAUUGACAGGAUACACAAACAGAAUCUUUACCCUCUUGUGUGUGCUUCACCGUGUUCAUUCUACAGAUUUCAACUAUGGUGCAAACAUUGAAGAUAAACUACAAGAAAUAAGUGAUGCUUUGAGCUCAUCGUCAACCUUACCAAACAAAACAAAGGUUGACAUUAUUAGGGGUACUAUUCAACGUAACUUUAACGGUGUCAGAUUCGAAAAUAUCGACGUCAUUAUACCUUCUCCUAGCGGUAGAGAAGGUGUAAAGCUAAUAAAUAAACUUGCUUUCCAAAUUCCUCCUCACAUUGACUUUAAUAUGUCUCAUUCUAACUCGAUUUUGGAUAUAACUGGGUCUAAGGAUGUUAAUUUACCAUUUUUGCAAGGUCCAGGCUCAAGUUUGUUGAUUCUAGGCCCUAAUAGUUGUGGUAAGACAUCCAUUCAAAGAAUAAUUGCCGAGAUAUGGCCAAUUUAUAAUAAAAAAGGUUUAAUGUCUAUUCCAGCUCAAGAGAAUUUAAUUUGUAUCCCACAGAAACCUUAUUUUACAAGGGGUGGUACAUUGAGAGAUCAACUUAUUUAUCCUAUGUCCUCCGAUGAAUUUUUUGACAGAGGAUUCAAGGACAAAUAUCUUGUUCAAAUUAUGUCUGAGGUUAAGUUGGAUUAUUUGCUAAAAAGAGGAACUGGUCUUUCAUAUUUAGACACUGUAGCUGAUUGGAAAGAUGUUUUGAGUGGUGGUGAGAAGCAAAGAGUAAAUUUCGCCAGAAUCAUGUUCCAUAGACCACUUUUUGUUGUUCUGGAUGAAGCCACCAAUGCGAUUAGUGCUGAUAUGGAAGAUUAUUUAUUCAAUUUGUUAAAAAGAUACAGAUUCAACUUCAUCACUAUUUCUCAAAGACCAACAUUAAUCAAAUACCAUGAUUUGCUGCUUGAGAUAUCAGGCAAGUCUUCUGGAUCAUGGCAUUUACAAACUUUAGGUACUGAUGAAGCAAUAAAUUCAAUAGAACAUGAGAUAGAGGAACUGGAGGAAAAACUUGAAAAUGUGAAGCUAUGGGAGAUAGAGAGGGAUGAGUUGAUUAGAAAAUUAUCCGUUGUUUAA